CCGAGCCAGAGUGCGUUCAGGCUGCGCAGCGUCGGAGCUGAAACCGCUGGGGUUCCCAAAAUAAACCGAAGGCACCCCGACCCUCACACACACACACACACACCCAGGGAGAGAGAGAGAGGAGAGGAUCCAGGCGGCGGAGAAAAGACCGAGGAUGGAGCAGCAGAGCCAAAGAAAAGACACCAGAGCCUGAGAGAAAGCGCCCUUCCCCUCCUCUUUUUCUCGCUUCCUCAGCUGGAGAGGAAACGGAGGACCGCUGCGCUGAUUGAUAUGGAUUCUCUCGUUUAUUUUUCUAUCGAUUCUGCUUUAAUUAGUGACCCCCGCUAGAGAAAGAGGAAGAGGGAUACAGCGAAAGGAGGAGAGGGAGGAGCGAAAGUCAAACAGGGGGUGCUGCCUGCCUACAGCCUUACUUUAUUAUUUCAUUAAUUCUUUACCAAAUAAUGUUUUUACGUUGCAUUAUUGUGUCGCUUUGUGUAUUCUUCUGCAGACUAGCCAGCUACUAACCAAAUCUUUACCAGAACCAAAAAUUAAAAUCAGCUCCACUCAGAUACGGACAUUUCUUUUUUCUUUUCUUUUUUCUUCCCGAGGAUUCACGGGUGGACAGUUUGAGACUUUUACGGACAGAACUGGAGGAGAAAUCCGUUUUUAUUAAACCCAAAACCAAAGCAAAGAGACGGAACCUCACCGGGCUUUACGCACAAACUGUGUCUGCUCCGACUGUUCACAUGGGCGCAAUGAGAGCAGCUCUCAUCCGGGCUCAGAAACCUCCAGCCUGCUUGGAUAACCACUGAUCAAGCAUCGAUCACAAACGUCCACCAGAUCUGGAAACAGAGCGAUGUAAAUCUGCCGAGGAAGAGUCCAGACUCCCCGAAGGAAAAACACCUAAACUUCCUGAACUGUCCCAGCGUCCUCAAAGCGUCCGCAGAGCAGGAGAGCAAAGCCGGCAGGCAGGCCAGAGAACGACGGCAGGACCCCGGAUAGAAGGAGCAGCGAAGUGAGACCAGAAUAAACCAAAAAAAUCCAACGACCACCAGGUCGACAGAGGACCAUGUUUGUCCCCCUGCCGGUCCCCUUCGUCUUUCAGAGAACAGCGUCCGACUUCAGCGCCUGGAGACUCAAGUCCUCGCUGGUCCCGCGGUCCAGCCCCGAUAUCAGGAUGUCCAAAGCACCAGGGGAGGAGAAUCCUGGAGCUGAAUAUCCAGGCGACGGUUCAGACUCUGACAGAAACAGUCCUGAUGACCAGCUGCAGGUCCAGAAGAUGAGAAGCCUUUCACCCACAGCAGCAGGCAGCAAGGUAAAGAGCGAUGAGAGCUCAGAGAUAACACACAGCGCCGCCGCCGUUGCUCCUGCUGCUGCUCCGCCCUCCCAACAGCAGCAGCAGCAGCAACAGGCUCAGCAUCACCACACACAGCUGAUGCUUGCCGGCAGUCAGCUGGCAGGGCUCGCCGCUCUCCUCCCGGCCCAGCAGCAGCUGCUCCUCCAGCAGGCUCAGGCUCAGCUGCUGGCGGCCGCCGUGCAGCAGUCCAACGCCGCUCACGCCGCCGCCCACGCCGCCGCGCAGCAACAAGCCAAUCAGCAGCAGCAGCAGCAGCCACAGCAGCAACAGCCAACCAAACAGGAGCAACCGGUCCAAGCUCCGCCUCCACAGCUGGCGCUGUCGCAGCCCAUCCAGCUGACUGCGCAGGACAUCCAGCAGCUGCUGCAGCUCCAGCAGCUGGUUCUGAUGCCGGGUCAUCCCCUCCAGUCGCCGGCCCAGUUCCUCCUGUCCCAGCCUGCACAGGCGCAGCAGCCGCAGCAGGGUUUGCUCUCAACAGCAAAUCUGAUCCAGCUACCUCAGCAAAGCGCAGGAGGACUUCUCACAAGCCCGCCUCGCAUGGGACUGCAGGCGCAGAGGGAGAAGAGCAGCGACGCAGGAAGCAGCAGCAGCAGCAGCGCAGCCUCUGGAGCCGCCAGCGGCGGCAGCAGCGCUGUAACGUCUGUCGGAGCCAGCUCUGCAUCCAGCAGCGCCAUGGCCUCCUCCUUGACCUCCGGCUUGAAUCCCGGCGGUCAGACGGCUCACAUGAGCGAAGAACCGAGCGACCUGGAGGAGCUGGAGCAGUUCGCCCGAACCUUCAAGCAGCGGCGCAUUAAACUCGGAUUCACACAGGGUGACGUUGGCGUGGCGAUGGGGAAACUGUACGGAAAUGACUUCAGCCAAACCACCAUCUCUCGCUUCGAAGCGUUAAACCUGAGCUUUAAGAACAUGUGCAAGCUGAAGCCGCUGCUGGAGAAGUGGUUGAGUGACGCAGAAACGAUGGCGGUGGACAGCAUGCUGCCCAGUCCGUCCUCCAUCUCCUCCCCCAUGUUGGGCAUCGAAGGUCUUCCCGGCCGACGCAGAAAGAAACGCACCAGCAUCGAGACGAACGUACGAGUGGUGCUGGAGCGCAACUUCAGCACGAACCAGAAGCCGACGUCGGAGGAGAUCCUGCUGAUGGCGGAGCAGCUCAACAUGGAGAAGGAGGUGAUCCGAGUCUGGUUCUGCAACCGCCGGCAGAAGGAGAAGCGCAUCAACCCGUCGAGCAGCAGCACCCCACCCCUGCCCAGCCAGACCUCGCCUGUCGUGACGCACAAAGCCCACUGCUACAGCCCCCACAUGAUAUCGAGUCAGAGUCUGUCCCAGGUCACCACCAGCCUCAGCACAACAGGAGCCAGCUCUUCACCCUCAGCUUCCUGCCCUAUGACCCCGGUCAGCUCGGCGGCCAUGUCGUCGUCUGCCACUCCUCCUCCUCCUCACAGCACAGCCAGCCCGGCUCCUUCCAGCCUCGGCACGGCCGGGCUCGCCACCGGGAACACAAUGAUGGGAGUAAGCACAGGGAUGAACCAGGCCCUCAUUGGCAGCAAUCCUCUGGCUACCAUGCAAGCGCUGGCAGCCAGCGGCGGGCAGCUUCCCAUCUCCAGCCUGGAGGGGGCGCCGGGCCACAUGUUUCUGAGUGGACAUGGCGGCCACUCCGUCCCCGCCUCCCUGCGCCCCUCUCUCUUCCUGAACCGCCCCGGCCUCCUGCCGAUGGUGACCGGCUCCACGCCGACUUCCUCCAUGGCCAUGGGGCUGGUCAGCGGCGGCCCCAGACCCUCGUAUUGCCAAUCUUCGCCCAGCGGCACCAGCAACCUCAUGAGCCCCACUUCCUGCCCAGAGGAGUCUGCGUCUCCCUGUUCAAGCCCCGCCUCUUUCUGCUCCUUCAGCGAAGCUUCACCGCCGCCGCUGGGAGGAGCCAUGGCCGAGUGAUCGCCGACCGACAUCCAAAGCAUCAGGAAGAGGAGGAGCAGAGCUUUAAAAAUCAAAAUCUACAACAUCGCCUUUCAACCAAAGCCAUCUCUCCGUCUG